AUGACUUCAUUAAUAAUAACUUUAUUAUUAUCAAUUAUCACAUUAACAAUAUCAGAUUUAUCUGAAAGUAGUGAACAAUAUGUACUUGCACGUUUUUAUUCUAAUUUUGUUCAAUUAUAUCGUCCAAUAUUAUUAAAAUCAUAUAAAACAAAAUUAAAUCAUGAACAAUCAAUUGAAUAUUAUCGAUUUUUAUUUAAUGAAAAAGAAUAUUUACAAAUAGUUGAAGAUUCAAUAACAAUAUUAAAUAUUAAUAUUCUUGAACGAACAAUUAUUUAUCAUUCAACACCAAAUUUUGAAAUUAAUGGUACACGAUAUAUUUAUCAUCGUGAUUUAAAAGAUAAUGAUGGUAUUGAAAUUGAACUUUUUGAUGCAAAAAAUAAUAUUUUUCGUCAUGUUCAAAAACCAAAUCAUUAUUUUUAUUUAUCAUCAUAUACUGAUAUUGAAUAUUUAAAUCAAAUACCUAUUAUGCCUUAUUAUGAAGUUAUAUUUAAAUGUAAAUCAUUAUUUACAAUAGAUAGUCAAAUUCAAACACCACUUUUAUCAUAUAUUAAUAAAAAUAUUCAAUGGACACCACGAUAUACACUUGAUUUAUCAUUAUUUAAUACUAAUAAACAACCAGAAAUGCAAGCCUAUGCUGAUAUACGUAAUAAUGGUGAACAAUCAAUUAUUAUUGAAUCAGCUGAAUUUAUUGCUGGAGAUAGAAAUUUAAAUCAAAGACCAAUAGAAUAUUUACGUUCAAGUUCAUUAUAUUUAACAAAUGGUCCUCUUCCUCUAACAUCAAAUUCAAUUGAUAAUAAUUUUAUUCAUGCAUUAGAUGAACAAGUUAGUAAUACACAUGUAUAUCAAUUAUCAUUAUCAUCAUCAAUGAUAAUACCAUCACAUUCAAUAAAAUCAAUAAAAUUUAUUGAAACAAAUAUUACAAUUGAACAAUUUCUUUAUUAUUCAUCAGAAUUUUCAAUAAUAAAUUCAAAUGGUAAAUUAAUUAAUGCAUUUAAUUUAACAUCAUAUAAUAAUUUUAUUCCAAAUGGUCAUUUAACAUUAUAUGAACAAGGUAGACUUAUUGGUCAAAUAAAUUUACCUGAUAUAACACAAGGUGAAAUAUAUAUGAUGAAAUUUGGUUAUGAUAGUGAUGUUAUAUAUCAUCGACAAGUUACUAUAAUUGAAGAUAAUCCAAAUAAUGAAUAUAUAACAUAUUAUAUUGAAUAUAUAUUUGAAAAUUAUAAAUUAUCUCAUGAUAUUCAUCUAUAUUUUAUUGAAUCAUUUAAAUCAUUAAAAUAUUAUCAAAUAAAAAAAAUUUCAAAAUCAAAAGAUAAUAAAAAUUUACCAGAUCUUAUUUCUUAUGGUACUGAUUUACGAGGAUAUUUUAUUAUUCCAUGUCAACGUAUACAAAAAAUAAUUAGUUAUUAUUUAAUUACAAAUAAAAUUACAUAUAAUCUUUAUAAAUAA